UUUGAAAAUGAGAUCAUCACGAAACUGGAUCAUGAAGUGGAAGGAGGCAGAGGAGAUGAACAGUACAAAGUGUUAUUUGACAAAAUUCUCUUGGAGCACUGCAGAAAACACAAAUACCUUGCUAAGAGUGGGGAAACUUUUGUGAAACUGGUGGUGCGCUUAAUGGAGAGGUUGCUGGACUACAGGACCAUAAUGCACGACGAGAACAAGGAGAACCGCAUGAGCUGUACUGUCAACGUGCUGAAUUUCUACAAGGAGAUUGAGAGAGAAGAAAUGUACAUAAGGUAUUUGUACAAACUGUGUGACCUGCACAAAGAAUGUGAUAACUACACGGAGGCUGCCUACACGUUACUUCUGCAUGCAAAGCUUCUCAAGUGGUCAGAAGAAGCAUGUGCAGCACAUCUUACCCAGCGGGACGGAUACCAGGCUGCUACUCAAGGACAGUUGAAAGAUCAACUGUAUCAAGAAAUUAUCCAUUACUUUGACAAGGGCAAGAUGUGGGAAGAGGCCAUUGCCUUGGGUAAAGAACUUGCAGAACAGUAUGAAAAUGAAAUGUUUGAUUAUGAACAACUCAGUGAACUGCUGAGAAAGCAAGCGCAGUUCUAUGAGAACAUUGUGAAAGUGAUAAGACCAAAACCAGACUACUUUGCUGUUGGAUACUACGGCCAAGGAUUUCCGACAUUCAUAAGGAACAAAGUCUUCAUUUACCGGGGAAAGGAGUAUGAACGCCGUGAAGACUUCGAAGCAAGGUUAUUGACUCAGUUUCCAAACGCGGAAAAAAUGAAGACAACGUCUCCGCCAGGCGAUGACAUUAAAAACUCUUCUGGCCAGUAUAUUCAGUGCUUUACUGUAAAACCCAAACUGGAUUUACCAUCUAAAUUUCACAGGCCAGUGUCAGAACAAAUCGUGAGUUUCUACAGGGUGAAUGAAGUCCAGCGGUUUGAGUAUUCACGCCCUGUUCGAAAAGGAGAGAAAAACCCGGACAACGAAUUUGCGAAUAUGUGGAUCGAGAGAACCAUCUAUGUGACAGCGUAUAAAUUACCAGGGAUUCUGAGGUGGUUUGAAGUCAAAUCAGUUUUCAUGGUUGAAAUCAGUCCAUUGGAAAAUGCAAUAGAAACCAUGCAGCUAACAAAUGAUAAGAUCAAUAAUAUGAAAAAGCAGCAUUUGAAUGAUCCAAAUCUGCCCAUUAACCCUCUCUCCAUGCUACUGAAUGGCAUCGUGGAUCCUGCAGUCAUGGGAGGAUUCACAAACUAUGAGAAGGCUUUUUUUACUGAAAAAUAUAUGCACGAGCAUCCAGAAGAUCAUGACAAGAUUGAAAAACUGAAGGAUCUGAUCGCUUGGCAGAUCCCGUUCCUGGCGGAAGGCAUCCGGAUUCACGGGGAGAAGGUGACGGAGGCACUGCGGCCGUUCCACGAGCGGAUGGAGGCCUGCUUCAGGCAGCUGAAAGACAAAGUGGAAAAACAGUACGGGGUCCGAGCUGUCCUUUCAACUCUGGAUGAUAGACGAGGCAGUCGGCCACGGUCUAUGGUGAGAUCCUUCACGAUGCCGUCGUCUUCAAGACCCCUCUCCGUUGCGUCGGUGUCUUCCAUCUCCUCCGACAGCACGCCUUCUCGACCUGGCUCAGAUGGGUUUGUGCUGGAGCCCCUCCUGCCAAAAAAGAUGCAUUCUAGGUCUCAAGAUAAAUUGGACAAGGAUGACCUAGAUAAAGAUAAGAAAGAAAAGAAGAAGGAGAAAAGGAACAGCAAGCAUCAAGAGAUAUUUGAUAAAGAAUUUAAAUCUACUGAUAUUUCUCUGCAGCAGUCUGAAGCAGUGAUCCUUUCAGAAACGAUCAGCCCACUCAGGCCACAGCGACCAAAAAGCCAAGUCAUAAACGUCAUUUCAAGUGAAAGACGUUUCUCCGUCUCUCCAUCGCCUCCCAGCUCCCAAGUGACGCCACCUCCGAUAACGCCACGGACAAAACUUUCUUUCACCAUACAGUCCA